AUGGAUUCCUGCGUGCUGGUGUACAGCAUGGAGUUUGCUCUGAACCUAUAUCUCGUGAAGCUCCCGUUCUUGAAGGACUGGAUGACCUGGCUGGACCUGUUUGUGAUCGUCUGCGGCUGGCUGGAGAUCGUCAUCCACUUCUUGAGCCAGCCAACGGAUGUGUACUUCUUCCGGGACUUCCGGGUGCUGCGCGUGGUGCGGAUCAUGCGGCUGGCCAACUUCGUGCGCAAGGCGCGCUCCCUGCGGGAGCUGAGGAAGAUGCUGACGAUGCUCAGCACCUGCACGAAAACGCUUGCGUGGUCGAUGCUCUUCUGCUUCGGCAUGAUGACCAUGUGGGCGAUGCUUCUCGUGGAGCUCGUGAAUCCCCUUUGCUGCACCGACACUGAGGCCUGCAUCCCGUGCAUGAAAGCGACGGGUUCCAUCAUGGAAGCCAACCUCCUGCUGUUCAAGACCGUCAUUGCGGGCGACAGCUGGGGAAACAUAGCAGUUCCACUCAUUGAGGCUGCUCCUCUGACGGCGAUCCUCUUCUGCGGAUCCCUUCUUACUCUGGCCCCUGGGCAGAGUCGACGCUGGCACAUCCAAGUCUUCAACAGCAAGGUAAAGAAGGAGUUCAUUAUAAAGGUCUCCUACAUGAUGGGAGAAGACUACUUGUGGGCCAUAGAAGAUUGGCUAGACCCCGAGGCAGGCGGUCUCUCAAUCAAAAAUCUGCGGUGA